AUGCCCCCUGACGCUGCCAACUACAACGCCCUCCCUCUAGCGCCCGUCGCACAGCGCAACGUCACGUCCGCUGGGGCUUCCGCUUCUUCCCAGCCGCACCCCACUGUCACACCCCGUCUUGCCACCCACUCCUCGAGCGGAGGAAUCAAGCUGGAGGACUCGCUCUACCACCACCAACUUGCUGAACCCAAUACCACCCAACAACACAAGCUCAUUCCCAGCAGCCGUGGUCGCAAGCUUCCCGCUGCAAAGUCGAGCCCCAGCGCCCACACGUCCCCUCCCAAGCCACUCAUGACCCGCCUGCGCCAGAUUGUUCGCUCCUCCAACAUGACUCCCGUGUCCUCCCACCAGACUCCCAUCCACAGCGAGACCGUCUCGGCAACGCCUUCCUCGAUGGACCCGUCCACUCCUGUCGGAAAGGUCAAGGCCUCGGACGGUGACGACUGCAACUGUGGCGUCUGCCAGCGCACCCGCAACCCCAACCCCGCGGCGGCUCGCGAGUCUCCCGCCGCCCCUCACCACACCACUAAGUUUGUUCUCUCGGGCUUCAAACACCCCACCAACAUCAAGACCACCAUCCCCAAGGGUCCCAAGCGUCUCGAGGAUACCAAGGCUCAAGCUGAGACUCCACCUGGUCGCGGCUCCGAUUCCCACACUGGCGGGCGCGAGCAGAUCGCCCUCGAUCCACCCAGCCUCGGGCCACCUCCCACCAUCCACCUCGGCCCUCCGCACACCAUUUACGUUGGCCCGCCUCCCACCGUUCCCCUCGGCCCCUCACGCACCAUCCACCUUGUCCGCACGAGGGGUGUUUCUGAUGUAACUGGUAUCUCCAAGGAAGGCAAUCAGCCCGACGUUGUCGACGGGUCCGACGCCGCGGCCUGUGGCAAGCGCAAGCGUUCUUUCGAGGUCGACGAGCAACAGCCUGCCUCCACCAAGGUCAAGGUCGAGCUCGAAGACAAAGGCGGCUCCAGUCCUGCCCCAGGCUCCACCUCUUCAGACACCCGCUCCAGCACGUUGCAGGAGGAAGACGCCAACUGUGAAUCUGACGCGAACUCCUCGAGCGACUGUGAGAACGAGGAAGACGACGCCUCCAUGACCGACCACACGGAGCUCACCGAAUACACCGACAGCGAGGUCCAAGACAGUGGUUCGGACGAGGAGGACAACUCCUCGGAGGGAUCGGACGAGGACGAGGACGCCGAGAGCGAGAGCGAGAGCGAGGAUGAGAGCAUGCAGUCUGAGACAAACAGUGAGCGGGGCCACGAGUACAUGGACGAGGAUGAUGAGUGCCAGUGCAAGUUCUGCAUUCGUGCCAGGGAUGAAGAGGCCGAGUUGAUGAUCUGGGACAGCGACCAGGAGGCCGACUACGAGAGCGAUGCCCAGGACAUCGAGGGCCACGAGUCCGACACCAGCCCUAACAAGAUCACCGAGGGGGCCAACACGCUUGUCACCAAGGCCAACACCCCUGUUCCUACCAAGCUUACGGCAACCAACCUGCACAAGCACUCCAAGGCUCUCUCCGACGCUUUACCAGAGGAGCGUUCUCAAGUCAGCCCCUGUUCUCCCAAGGAUCCUGCGGGCGUCACCACGUCCCCCACUGAGGUCCCCUCGAGCAAGAUUCGUGACACGCCUGCGCCCCAUGAUAAUUCCCAGACGGUCAUCCCCUCCAGCGCCAUUGUCGACCCUUCCGACAAGGCCACCAUGCUCAUGAAGGCCGACGAGAUCUGUAAUGGCUCUUUCCGCACCGAGGGGGUUAUCGACCCUCAGGGUGCCCCCGUGACGUCGUUGGCUACCAUUAACGCGACUCGCACCGCCAGCAAUGGUCACCCACACGAGACCCCCUGCCAACAGCUCGAAGUCAUGCGUACGUAUGCCAAAAUGGUCAAGUUUAGCCGCUUGGGCCAGCUCCACAUGCCUCUUCCUGCCUUCGAGGACGCUUGGGUCGGCGACUCGGAGGCGUCUCGCGACUGCCCCAACUGUGCUCAAGCCCGCGCCAUCCUCCUCUCGCUUGGUAUCCACAAGAACGAGGUCCCUGGUGCCAGCAGUUCCGAGGAAGCCGUGAUUGGUGACGACGCCGAGCCGGCCGACCCAAACCUCCAGACGGUCCUCGACGGCUCCAGCACCUGGCACGAGCAGACCACCAACCUGCUCAACCGCAUCAAGGCCUCCCGCGAGCACCACCAGACCGCCACCUCCUCGCACACGAACAAGGUGGCCGAGCUCGAGCGUCAGAUCAAGGCCAUUCAGGAGGCGGCGGAUAUCAAGAUUGCGACGGCUCGUGCCAAGGUUUUGCACCUCGAGGCCCACCAGGCCGUCCGUGCAGGCUCUCACCGCCGCCACCUGGCCGAGCUCGACGCCGAGGUCCGUACCGUCAAGGCCAAGCUCCUCACAGACAUUGAGGAUGUGUUCACCAAGAUGGCCGAGAAUGAGGACUAG